AUGAUGCAAGCACAGAAAUACAACGUAAUUUUAGUGAUUCAACACAUUCUCUUGUUGGAAGAUCUGCUCAUGAAUUCAUUCGGCAUGCUGGCCUUCCCGUCAAAUUUCACCAUUUUAAUCAUUUAUUUUGUUCAAGAUAUCUGCAUCUUAUUGUCCGCCAUAGCACUGUUUCUCGUUUUCAUUGAGACUUAUCUUUUCCAGGCCGGAUUAAUAUUUCUACUGAUUGACAAAUUUAAAAAGACGAUCUUCACCAUAUUGUUUUAUCUCUGCAUCACUGUGGCUCUCCACGCUUGGGGGCUGGUUUGUUCUUGGUCUAAUCCACUUUACUACACAGAAGUUCCCGGUUAUACAGCUUUAUAUGCCUUGCAGCGACUAACGGCAGUUGUUUACUACUACUUGUACAAAAGGACGUCGCUAAGGCUGUCUGAUCCACGAUAUUACGCUGAUUCUCAGUGGAUUCGAGAUAUGUUUGAACAGAAACAACCCUAA